CGUCAGCACAAACAGCUGGGCGAGUUUCGCGGUGAAGUCCCGCUGGCGGUGCUCCGGAGGUAUUCGUUCUCCCCGUCGUUCCCCUUCCUAUCCAUCGUCAGGCCGCUGUUUUACGACGUUAGAGUCUUUGAUGAUCCUGUAGUCCCUCUGGCGGAUUUCUACAACGAUGGCUCUCUCAUCGGCAGUGGCAUGGUGCGCUUUUCUCCUCCGCCUCCUAAUUUCAGUAUCGUCGCCUGUGUUGGAGGCACGAGAAAUCCGAAUCAAUGAACAUUUCCCGUUUCGUGCCGACUACUCUGGCCCAUUCCGGCAUCACCAGAAUGCUGAGGGAAUGAAUGAUGGUGAUAUAGCCGGUAAUGGAUACGGCGAGCAUUCGACGACCGCUGUCGCUGCCAACCAAACAUUACUAUCCGCAUCGUGCACCGGGAGCAAGUCGGGUGGACCGACGGACAAUCCUGUGGCGAGCAUGUACGGCAAUGCAACCUACCCGUGGGUGAAUCGCAUGGUCAACUGGAGCUGCGUGUUCAAUGUGAAGGACUUCCACGACGACUUGGAGAGUGCCCAGAAAGCAGCGGUAGCGUCGGGUGGCGGCGUGGUGUAUCUGCCUGCUGGUAAGUACACACUCAAAGAGAACUUCGUUCUGGCUAGCGGCGUGGUGCUACGCGGGGAGCCAACAGGCACUGAGAAGGCGAGGAAUAACAAGGAAGCAGGCAACCUGGCUCCAAAGACGGUUCUUGAAUGUCCAGAUCGGGAGCACAUGGGCAUUUUCAAUAGCGACCCGAAAGCUAUGAAUAUGGGAGUGAUUAAUUUGGAUCUUAGUGGUUGUGCCGUGAUGCUUUGGCCGGCGUUGAACAGCCCUAGCAAGUUCAACCUCAAGUCGUAUUUCUACUAUGCCACAGACGUACUGGGCAUGGGAAGCAACAAGCUGGUGUUCGGUAAUCGAAUCCGGGACGUGUCAUACAAGUACCCAGACCCUGCUUCGCCCACUGGCAAUAUCUGGCCAUAUCGCUGGAGCGCAGCCAUUGCUGCAUACAGCGAGAACAACACACUGGUUGCAAACAAUCUGCUCGCAAAGUCCGACAAAUUUGCAAAGACCACCAUAAAACUGGAUGUAGGCAAGCCGACAGAAAAGACGGUGACCACGGAUUACCCCUACGACAAUCGAUAUGGCAUUGAUGCUGGACAGGUGUUGUUGGGUGGCGUAAUCGGUGCCUAUUCCAAGUCGGGCAAGUGCCCAUCAAGCCCAGGUUCAUUGACCCCGAAAUGUGCGCCGUGGUAUUUCUCACGCGGUGUCAUUGUCCGUGACAACUACAUCUACAUGAACGGUCGUGUGGGCAUCAGUUGGAGUGGAGGCGGUGAUGGCAAAACCAUCGGAUCAGGACCACAGAUUGUCAGUAACCACGUGGAAGUGGCUAAAGGCACAACAUGCUGGACUGUGGAUGGUGUACAUCUUAGCAAAGGCUCGGACACGAACGAAAACCGGGGCUUCAACCAGGAGGGAUACGCAAACAAUGUCAGCGCAAACACGGCCAAUGUCAAUCGACAGUUAGUAUCCGAUGGCCACUACACAACAGUAGACGGGGAAGGUCUCCUGCAUCAGGCCGCGAGCGGUAAUGACGGAUAUCGCAAUAUUUGGCAUGGAAAUGAUUUCUCAAGUGGUUCAUCCGGACCAAUUUUUUACUACAAACUGUACAAUGUGGAGGAUAGUGUUAUUUCGAACAACAUAGCUGGCAAGGACUCACCGAUUGGCAUCGUAGUAGACGAGGCUCAUCACAAUGUGAAGAAUGUCAAAUGCUCCGACAACAAGCCAAAGUGUACGGGCGUUUAACUGGUACAGCCUUCACUGUGACGAGCAGCGCACUGGUUGUUGAAUCUUGCUCUAUCAUCCGGCCCACGGCUAUAGAUCCUACUCAAUCUGCGGACAGAACUGUUUCGUCCUUUGUGGACUCAUCAGUGCAGCACCGUGAGAGGGAAUGCUACAGAUCCUAUGUAGUUUUUACUCGGACAUACAGAGUGCUAGCAACCUGCACCUGGGAGUGAAAUGGUAGUUCUCGACCCGCUACUUGGAACGCCAAUCUCGUGGAUUUUAUUGCACCCAUGAGUGUGUUUCAGUGCUGAUUCGUUAAUACAUCUGCAUACACUUUUGCUACUUCGGUGGACAUGGGGGGGGAUAAUCAGACUGGCACCAAAGACAUUUUCGCAUGCAACCGUUGCUUCCAAGUCAAGGCACAUAGACGGCUCUGCUUCGGAUUCUACUGCUGAAACUCUACAUAUUGCAGGGUGAUCUCCGUGAUUCCCUGGAUACUGGUCUAUUUUGCAUGCUCCUGUACGUCAUGUGUAUGGUUAUAGGACAGCCUUAUGAUCUUUGAUGGUUUGUUUGGCAUGUGCUUUCCUAUAAUUAUACCGCUUACACGAAACCAAUCACGCCAUCCGUUAUUGGAGCUGUUGUCAUGGAGAAUGGUGACAUGUGAA